AUGCGGCGAAAACAGGUCUCUCUAAGAGAAGCAUCCCCUCUACAAUCUCAAGAUAAUGUGAAGGAUGAGGAGAAUCACACAUUAGAUACAACAGUGAAUACAUCUACGUAUCGUGAUAGACUAUUAGCCUUCUACAAAUAUUAUGAUGAGUCCAAAUUGGCAAAUGUUGAUUCACUGCUGGAGAAGUAUGCAGGGAAGGAAGUCCAAUUACUUCAAGCUAUGGUAGAUAAAUACGGCCCUGAGCCUCAACCAUUAGUUACCAAAUCUUCUUCUUCUUCUUUGUCUACAUCUAAACCUUUGCAAAAUACUUCCAAAGUAACUUCAGUCAGCCGUAAUGAUUAUCAUGAAGAGUUACUAAAGUUAUUAAAGCAGUACGACCCGUCUAAAGUUGCAAUGAUAGAUCGUCUUCUUGAAAAAUACAAAGGAAAAGAAACUUUACUCAUUAAGACACUUAAAAAGAAAUACAGUGAAUAUAUUCAUCAUCCUGUAGUAAAUGAACCUCCUUCUCAUAUCUCUAUAGAUAAUGAGGAGAAUAAUUAUGAAAAGCGUUUAUCUUCUUUUUUUAGCGUAUAUGAACCUGAGAAAGUCCCACACAUUAAACGUAUACUUCGCAGGUAUGCAGGAAAAGAAGAAAAGAUGAUGGCAGCUCUUGUUAGACGUUAUGGUCCUGAGCCUUUAGUUCCCUCUGCUGUUUCUCUUUCCAAUAAUGAAAAUGGUGAAAAUAAUAAUAAUAAUAAUAAUAAUAAUAAUAAUAAUAAUAAUAAUAAUAAUAAUAUUCAAGAGGACCUAGUACAGUCAAUAACGGUAGAUUUAUCUACUCCAUCUCGUGAUGCUACUCCUGCUUCCCUUAUCUCUACAACUACGGAAACAAAAGAAGAAAACACGUUUCCACCAACAGAGAUGAAAGAUUGGAUGUACACAUCAGCAAAAGAUUUUAUUUCAUACUUUUACGCCGAGUGGAAUCUUUCACAAGAGCAGCAGUUGGACGCAUCUCGCAGACUAAAGGCAUUCUUUCACUCUAAUGCUAAAUACCCUUUCUUUGUAACAGAGAAGACAGUGAAAAAUUCUUCUUCUUCUCCUAAUAAUGAUACUACUACUACUACUAAUAAUAAUAAUGAUACUAGUAAUGAUAAUAGUAAAGAUAUUAGUAAUGAUAUUGCUGUCUCGCGUGAGAAUAUUCAAGAUCCUCUCACAUCUGCUGUAGUUGAAGUACCGCGGGAGUUGCUGCUAUUAUGGCGUCAGGAAAAACUCACAGAGGCGGAGCGUCUCACGUGGAUGCAGCGGAAGCCUAUUAACACAAGUAUGAAGAAAUAA